AUGAGUCCAACUCCCUCAACUUCAUUUAAUUUGCCAUUUUCCAUUACUUCCCAAUGUAAAUUGAGUAACAGUACGAUAAAACCAUGGGAAGCUUUUUCUGUAGGUCAAAAAGAGGAAUUGCUACCUAGUUUUGGCGGGAAACACUUUUUCAAAGUUGAUGGUGAACAAUUUCAUGUAUUUGACAGUUAUUCUGGCACUUCAAUGUAAGUCGUUUCGAUUGUUUUGUUAGGUUUUAGGCAAAAUUUAGUUAAACCAAUCUUUUUUUCAAAUUUUAUUUUUUUUUAUUUUCAGGAAAUUGAAACUGGCCUAUGAUUACGUAUGGGAAGACACUGCAUUUUGGGAUCGUGACAUUGUGACAUUACACGGAUUUUCAGAAUUUGCUGACCAAAAAGGAUUGCUGAUCUUGGAGUGAGUUAUAUAAUAUAUUAUAAUCAUUGUUAUGUAGUGGUCACCAGUGUUUUGCCGGACCGGACGGACCGAAACAGAAAUUUUUGCGGACCGGACCGGACCCAAAAACCUGCGGACCCGGACCGAAGAAAAAGCUCCGGACCGGUCCGGAAGAAAUUUUUUUUUUUAUUUUAAGAAAACUGUUUUAAAAAUUGCAAAUAAAACAUAUUUUUAGGAGUUUUUAAGCAAAAAGAAAGCAGUUUUAGCGAUCCUUGCUUUUUUUAAAAAUUAAAAAAAAUUUUUUGCGGACCGGACCGGACCGGACCCAAAAAUGUUGGGUUUGGACCGGACCGGACCCAAAAAUUUGAAGUUUGGACCGGACCGGACCGGACCUAAAAAAUCGCCGGACCGGACCUGUGAAAAACGCUCCGGACCGGUCCGUGCAAAACACUGGUGGUCACUCGUCCUCUCCUUCGUCUUAUUUUCUCUUUCUUUUCCCCUCUUUGUUUAACUUAUUGCCUAGUUUUGUUAUUGUAACCUAUUUUACUAAAUUUUUUAUUUUUAGGAUAAAAAAUCAUUUCACGGGUACUCAACUAAUCAUCGCCGAGGUAGAUCUGGAUUAUCAUGAACAAAAACUCUAUCUUCAAAAACGGGUCAAGUCUUACAAGGGCUACGAACUUUUCUCAACGCAUUACCUACAAAACGAAGUUUUCAUGGUAUUGGCCGCCAAAAGUACUCCUGUUCAUACUGGUGUCAUCUACAGUAAUGGCAAGAUUACAGAAACAGCAUUCAAUUACACUACAGACCCAGCUGGAUCGAUACCAACAGAGUCGAGGCUGAUCACGGUCGAGAAUGAGACGAUUGGAUUUAUAAGCAAUGGCAUCACAAUUGGAGGUUACCAUUAUGAUGGCAAUGCUAUGUUGUUUGUGACGAAGUUGGCGGAAGAUUUGUAUCCAUUGACUUUUAAUAACAUUGAUGCUGAGAGUUUUGUAAGUUUUUUUAUAAAUUUUUUGAAAAUUUUUAGAUUGAGGGUUAUGGGCUGUGUGUGGUGAAUAAACAAACAGUGUCAAGCUAAUGAUUUUUUAAAAAAGGAGGGGUAAAAAGCGUUUUCUUAUUACAAAAAAAUUAUUUUUUUUAAUUUCCAGACCAGAUACCUUGGCCAAUACAAAAAUGGUGCUCUGUUUGUAUUUUACUACGACCUUUCAAAAGAAACUGAAUUUCAACAUGUGGUAUAUCUUGAUCUCACUGAUUUACAAUUUUACAACCUCGGACUUCACUUCAAUAUGAAAUACAUUUUUGCCUUCAAAGGCGACAUGUUAUACGCUGUGGAUCGGACUACGAACACUGUGGAACGAUAUUGUUUUGGUGGAGUGGAAAACUUGGAAGCUUUGUCGUUUUCGGUUUUUAAAAGUCGGGUUUGUGAAAAGUAUAUUGAUAGUAAGGCUAUUCCAAAAAUAGUUCCGGCAUUAUAUUUGUAAUUUUGCAAUACAGUAUUACUUGCUUUUUAAUAAAUAUUUAUUGAUUUUUUGAGGUUUGAAGGUUCUUGAGGGUUGAAUCACAGGGGAACUAGCCAAAUCAAAAUUUAUAAAAAAAUUGUUUUGCUUUCUGGUUAAGUAGUGACAAAAUUUUUUAAUUGCAAAUAAUGACACUCCUUUGCCAAUCUGAAUGCAAGAUUGGCCACUCAGUAGCGCUAAACUCGUAUACAUUUUUGAAACUUUUUAUUUAGUUAGCAAAAACACAACUUUUGUAUGUUGUCAAAGCCAAUCCCUUAUUGUUAACCUGUUUUUCAAAAAGCUUAAAAUGCCGCACCUUUUUAGAUAAUAAACUUGAUAGCAUUUUUUAUUGUUACUAAUAAUUUUUCUGUAGGCGUCAAUCUUAUUUAAACUUAGAUAUUGAAUUAAAAAAUCAGUAUCUAGCUGAAUUCUAAAAUUUCAAACUAGUUUUAAAACUAUUAAAAUAGUUAAUAAUAUUUCAAAAUGCUAUUAAAGUCGGCAACUAUUGCAAUUGUAUUUCUACUAUCGACAGUAAACUGUCAAGUUUACAACUUUUUCGUACCAGCUACUUUACCUGACAGUUCGGAAGAAAGAAGAUUGUUAAUCGACAUUAGUGGCAGAGAUUCUUUCCUGUACAGCUACGUCGCUUUUCCCUAUUAUGGCCGCACCAACACUUUCUACGCCAACGCGUCUAGUACUUUUAGAAGCGUGUUUUUUUUCAUUUACUGACACUUUCAGAAGAUACGAAGGUGAAAAUUAUGGUGCUUUGAAAGGGUUUGUCGGCGAGGAUACGGUAACCGUAUUUAAAUCUUUCAAAGGCUUAUUUGGUGUUGUUAACCAUCAAUCAAGUCGACUGAAUGUUGACCUUGAUGGAAGCACUGUGGCUGGGCGAUUCGGAUUUGGCAGAAGUGUUGGUUUGGCGAAUUUGAAGAAAAAUUUGCUGGCACAAUAUGCCACUGGAGCCAAUUUGUGUUUGGGUGUAAAAGUGGCUGCGGAUAAUAGGUAAGUAAUGAUGAGGAAAACGGAACAAUAGAAAAACGGCUAGAGUUUAUAGAAGAAAAGUUGUAGGCUCUGGUUGGUUCUUUUAUCCUUAUAAAUUUGAAAAAUCUUUCAAUUUUAGCCGCGAAACCGUGGUCAACAUGGGAGAAAAAGUAUUCUUAGACGCCAACAAGCUACUCGAAGUUGAAUCCAGCAAUACUCACGUUCCACGCGCAUGGGAGUUGUCUGUCACAGCCUUUAAAGUUGGUACACUGAAGUUAGAAAAAACAGCACCAGCCAUUCUAAGCACCACUUUGAAAGGUAUCAACGCACCAAAAAAGAUAUUUGACACUCUAAUAGGCUACUUUGGUGCAACUUUAGAAGCAGAUACUAAACUAUAUUCUGUAGAUUGUAACAAAAACACAGAUCUUAAAAUCACAGUUGGGGAUAAAGACAUUGACAUUCGCUUUGAUGCCAUUACGGAAAAAGUUGGUGAUAAAUGUAUUUUGAACAUACAACAGAACGACAAUAACAGGAAAGUCAACGUUGGAGCCGCUUUAUUUGUUGGAAAUGGCAUUUGCUUGCAAGCUAGCGACUCAACUAUUACUGUUUAUAAUUCUGCUGCUACAAGUUAA